UCAUACUUGAGCCGGCAUCUGCAUCUCGGUCCAAGAGGGGCCCUUCUGUUCUGUUUGGCGCCGCCGCCAGUGCUGCUCCUCCUUGCGGCGCGGUCGAGCGUCCCGCGCCUCUACCGGGUCUUUCAGCCGCCCGACCUUCGACUGGUGUUCCGCCACCGCCGGUAGUUUCGCGGCCGCCGGCCUUCGCCCGGGCCCACUCCUGCCACGGUCGGCGGUCUUGCCGCCAGGUGGUUUUGCCCAGGCCCGCUCCUGUCGCAAGGGGCCCUCGGCGCACUCGCUCCCCGGCUUCGUCGUGCGCGGUCGCCCUUGGUCCGCUCGCGGUGCGGUCGGGCCUUCGAUCGCCCGCUGCUGGUCCGCUCGCGGCGCGGAGGCUCCUGUGUUCUUCUAAUUUCAUAUACUAUGUUAAUCAUGAUAAACGGAGAGGGAAAUAAUCGGAAGCACUCGAGUCUGGAGAUGUAUUUUACAACAGAUUCAUCGCAGCAAGAGAAGUAAGUUCCCGUAACUUUUAAUAAUGAUGAAAAUUACAUAUCCCCACUGAGUACAUAAGCGGUUACAUUCUCCACCAAUAUCCGUACAAAUAUAGUUUUGCAAAUUUUACCUUGCAUUACAUUCCUCUAUUUAUUUUUGAAGCAAUGCUUUUUAUAUUGUUAAGGCCAUUAUAUUAUUACGGUUACAUACAGGUUUCCCUUUCCUUUUUUUUCCUUUCUCUUUCCUUUUUCCUUUUCCUUUCCCUUUAUCAUCUAGUACAAUGCAAGCCAAGAAUCUGACCAUAUGGAUACAGGAUGCUGCAUGUCAGCAUGUUUCUGAUUUGUGGCUUUGCAGGAAAGCAAAUAAAGCAAAAGGAAUGAAUGAACACACCAAGUCACAAAGUAAAUUCAGAAGCUGUAUUCUCUACAGAUAUUAGUUUUGUGAAAAUGAUAUGGCGUAAUACCUCAAAUUGGUACAUAUCAAAAUUACAUUGAGGUGUACACAUUACAUGAUAGUCGUGCAAGAGUUCGUUCCAUAUAUGACUGACAUCUUUGCUGACCUGCACUCAUAUGUUCAAUACUAGUGUUCUAAAUAGCAAGCUGUAGCAAUACUACAGAUAGCGGUGUUGGAGAGUUAACGAUAUGACCACUACAAAAGAAAUAGUGGACUAUAGUGAUGCUAUUGUCGGUCUGAGAAAGUUAUUGCUAAAUUCUAUGGCCUGUUGUUUAAAGUACUCUUCAAUACGUAUGGUCUGUGCACACCAUUUGACCAUGAAGAUUUUUUUUUUUUUGUGAUUUUUAUUUAUGGGCAUGCUUAUCUUUUAUUGUAGAAGAAGAUCUGUUGAUGCUAUUUUCUUUCUUUUUUGGUGAAUUUAUUGAUGUAAGUUUUCAUGUGGUCAAUUGAAACAAUUAUUUUAACAUAAAAGGAAAAUAAAUUAGUAAAAUUUAAUUCAUCAUUAAUUUAUGUGAAAAAAAACAAUUGGCCAUACAUAAAAAACCAAGAGUAGGAAAGAAAGAUUAGAGAAUCUUCAAAAGUUUGGUAAUAUCACUCCCAAUCUUGAUUUUUUGACGGGACGGAAAAAAUAUUCUUGAACAACUUUCUAUCCUAAACCCCAAUAUAUGUAUGCUUGGAAAAAUAGAUGCAUCCACCUGCAAAGAUAUGUCGACGACCAUUACUGCAGUGAUCUUUUUCUUCGGCACUACAUCGACCCGAGUACCACCGCCUAGAAGUUCACUGGAAUUGAACCACUAUUUUCAUAUAUGAGAAUACUGAGAAGUGGAGAUUCUAUUUUGUAGCUUCUGGCUGUGAGUUUGGGUGCUGAGGAUGACAGUCGUGGUCGCCCCUGCCGUCAUCUCAGUGGUUUGCCAAAAUUGUAUCUCUAACCACUACUUUUAGAUCUGCUGAGAGGGUAGAGCAGGCAAUGGAGAUUCUACUUGGGAGCUUCUAGAUGUGAGUUAGAUGCUGGGGAUAGCCGGCUGUGGGGUGACUCAUGUUGGUAACGAUGUGGUAUGGGCAACGACCAAAAAUCAUCAUUGGUUAACCUCUUUGUGAUUGUUAUAUUAAACUGUGCGAGAAAGCAAGUGAUGCUGCAAGCAAAGAAUCUGAUUAAUGAUGAUUAUGCUUUGCAAAAAAGCAACUAAAGCAAACAGGAAGCAAGGAACGGACACACAGUGUAAUGCAAACACUGCACCUGCACUCAUUCUAGUGGCGCUUCUUCUACUAAACACGCCAACCGAUUUGUAAGCAUGGCAUAACUAAUUCCAGAUAGGCACUCGGCAUAUAUGCUCCGUGCCAGAGCCUAUUUUCUCAUCGUGAUCCAGGAUUAUAAAGGAAUGCAUGUUGUUGUCCAGCUUGAACUAGUACUCUGCAUAUAUCCAGGAUUAACUUGAGGGAUCAAGGAGAUUGAUUUACUGGAGUGAAGUCUGGAGGAGGAAAUCUGGUGUGCUUCAGUGCUGCUUUGCAUACAUUUCGUUCUGAUAGCAGAAUCUAGAAGAGCUGCAGAUUCAGAUGGAGCUGCUGGCCUAGCUUGUAGAGCUAGUAGCUCAAGAGGCAGACGAUAGACCAAUUCAUCAUGCCAACAGAGAUCGCACUCAUAGCAGAUAACAUAGAUGACGCAGCAGAGAAGAUCAUUCAUCUUUUGGAGGGUGCAGACAAUCAAACGACAGAAGUAAUGUACUUCCAUGGCUGGGGUGGGUGGGGAGCGUCUGCUGUACUCAAAGCGGUCGUCAAGAAACUAAGAUCGCCAUCAAGAUUGCCUGACACAGGGACGAAAAGGGACAUGGGAAAGAUCAUCCACGUCGAUGCCUCACAGUGGCAAAGCAAGAGAGCCCUACAGAAGGUGAUUGCAAAAGAGCUUGAGCUACCCCCGCAGGUGCUAGAACUCUUUCACCAGCAUGAUGAGAAGGAUGAUUUUGAUGGAGUGGGGCAGAGCGAUAGAGCUGUGAUUCCUUAUGUCAAGGCCGUGAUCAUGAAUGAACUUAUAGCCCGCAGAUUCCUUGUGGUUUUGCACAAUGGGAGUGGCAGCUACAUUGAUCUGUGGGAGGCCGGUGUCCCUGUAAUAGGGCAAUUGAGCAGGAGGGUGUUGUGGACAUCUCGAGGUAGGUUCUGGCAUCAUGCCAAAGAUGGGCAUGGACUGGGUUGGCUGUUGAAUGAUGUGGAGUCAGCUAAAUGGAGCGAUGCAGCUAUAUCUGUUUUUCCAUCAGCAGUUAAUGUGGAAGAUAUUGCUACAUUUCAAGUCCUUAGGCACGCUCUAUAUGCAGAGGCCAAGGAGGUUGCAAAGUACACAGGUCUCCCUGAACCUGACAUGAGCCCCAAGGUUGUCAUUGAAUGCAUCUUGUAUAUGGCAGUGAGUAACAAUGACCACAUUAGUUGGGAGUCCCAUGCGUCCAACUAUUGGGUAUGUGAUGGGAUCAUACAGGAUGGUGGCAGGUCGGCAUGGGAGAUUGGCGAUGCUUUGCAGAGGAACAUGAUCCUGGAUUUUUGUAGUGAAUGUGCUGAAGUAAUCCGUGUUGCGCUGAGUGGUGAACAACAGAGGUUUAUCAACCAUUGGGUUUCAGUUACCAACCAGGAGUCAACACAAGUCCAAGUGCCAUCUCAGGCAACAUCUUUCUUCUGGACAGCAGCCACACCAUCAACAGUUGACCAGAACAGAACCCGGGUCCUAGAAGCCAGCAUGUUUGAGCAUUCAGAUAGGAGUAGCAGUCUGCGCGUGAUACAUCUCUCCCACUGCACCUUCAGUUUCUCAUCUCCUCCCUUUGUGAGUUGCAGCAACCUAAGAUUCCUCUUGCUUGACCACUGCAAAGACCAGGAUGCACAUGACCGUGGUGGUGAAGAAAAGGAGUAUCAUCAUCGUAGCAACUGUAGCCAACAAGGCAAUGUAGCAUGCUUUCGGAAUGUAUGGGUGCUAGAGCUGAGUUAUACGGACUGGUACUGGCUUCUAUCAAAAGACAUGUUGGGUCUUAUGGUUCACCUCAGAGAGUUGAAUGUGAAGGGAUUCGGUAACCGGAGCAUGAACCAUCUAUAUCGUUGCAGUGGUGCCGGAAGCAACAGAUGCAGGUUAAUCAAGCUUCGAGUGGUGGCCGAUGAUUCAAAUAAAGCUCUAGAGAAUGAUGAUGUCGAUGAUGGUACUCAUGGUAAAAGAAAUCAACAAGUAUUUCCACCAGUGGUAGCAUCAUCGUUUUUCCCAGACCUGUCAAGUUGGCACAUCCUCAAGACAGUCAUCCUUGAUGGAUGUAGUAACCUGGAGCAAAUUGACUGCAACGCCCUACCCCUGUCACUAGAGUCAUUUACUUUGAUCAGCAGUGUCACUGCCAGUAGUAAGAUAAAGAGGAUCUGCUUCCAGGGGUGCGCCAAAUUGAAGAGCCUAUUAUUGAGAGGGUUGUUUGAUAGCCUUGUGGAGCUAGACAUGUCUGGUACAGCAAUUAGAACACUUGACCUUAGUGCAACACAAGCCUGGGGCCUCAAGCAACUCUUUUUGUUGGGGUGUGAGAAGUUGUGCUUGAUAUUAUGGCCAAAGGAGAAAAACAGGGAGAUAUAUUUGGAGAUUUUGUGCAUUGACACCACCACUACCACCUAUGCAGCAUGGGAUAGGAAAGAAGGAAAAUCCAACAAGCAAGAGGCUACUGCUAGUGACGGUUCAAGUAUUAGUAUAGGGUCAUCAUCAGGAAUGGUGUGUGGCAUGGACCGAACAAUCAUUGACUUGGAUUCAUAUAUUUCCAUAAGGGAUCCAAUGCUUUUUCGUUCACUUGAGAGCUUGAGACAUGAAAAAUGGUUGCACGUGGAGAUUUCAUCUACUGGACCAGGUCGCAAAGGUACCAGUCAAGGAAUUAAUACUAGUGGUGGUUGUGGCACUGCUGCUGUAAAUGUGCACAAGCCAGGUGGUAGUUUGUAUGCUGAUGUCAUCAUCAUUUCCACAUCUAAUGGCAGCAACUCUGAAGCUGAUGAUGCCAAUAGAGAUGUCUUUGAGGCCUUAGUGAUGAGGACCAAGUGGUUAUGGGGUUGCCCACCUAUUCCUGAGGAUUCUGAUUGGGCUCAUUUGUACAUUAGCAUACAAGAUGAGACACAGACCGAAUUACUACUGCAAGGUGGUACUGCCACUAGUACCAGACAAUUAGUAAAUAGAGCCACAACUCUACCAGCACUUGUGACGAUGGACGCUAGGACCUUGCACUUGCAUGAUAGCUUAUCCAUCACAUGUCUCCCAGGCCCUGCAACUGCAGAUUGGUAUGAACUAGAAUGGUGCCGACUUGAGAGAUGCCCCAACUUAGAAGGCGUUGUUUUCAAUGCGCCUCAACCAGAUGUAGACAAUAUUUUCAGAUAUCUACAGACAUUCUGGGCAUCCCAACUCCCAAAGGCGCGUUACGUUUGGGACUGGAGCACAACAUCCCUGUUUCUUCCUGGAUCUCUUUCCUUUGAGGGCCUUGUAUUCUUACACCUAGAUUACUGCCCCAGGCUGGUACAUGUACUCCCUUUGUACACAUCAAAUUCCAACGGAUGCUGUAAGUUGGAAACCCUUGAGAUCGUGUGUUGCGGGGACCUCAGGGAGGUCUUCCCAUCUGAUUCCAAAUCGCAGCAGCAUGAACAAACCAGAGAAUUCCCUAGGCUGAAGCGCAUCCACCUGUAUGAGCUACCCAAGCUGCAGCGCAUCUGUGGGCACUACAAGAUGUUGGCGCCUAGGCUCGAGACCAUGAAGGUGAGGGGAUGCUGGGGCCUUAAGCGCCUACCAGCUGCGGUUCGAGAUGAGGCAGAGUUGUCUGAGGAAGAAUCUUCUGAGGACAUCACGCCAUUGUCAACAGUGGACUUGGACUGCGAGAAGGACUGGUGGGACAACCUCGAGUGGGAUGGGGAAGAGGCUGGCCACCACCCUUCCCAGUACAAGCCCACCUAUUCAUCAGCCUACUACAAGAAGAACCAGCUCCGAGCCUCUGUGCUCAGGUAGGUAGUAAUCCCCUUUAUGGAAUGGCUUGGAAUGGUUCAUCAUGAACAGGAGAAGAUCGAGAUAUGCUAUGCUUGGAUUGCUCUGCUUCCGUCGAGUCUUCAACAACUCUGUUCUAUUUGCUUGUGUGUGUGUGUGUGUGGGCUUCGUUUGCUAGUCAGACAACUUGCCUGAUCAAUGGUAGGCACUCCUCUGCUGCUUUUUCUUGAUAUUUCGUGUGGCAGAGAUGCUGGGUUUAAUUUCGUGUGUGUAAUCGGUAUCUGCACUGCUUCCGAUCCUUUGCAUGGAUCCUGUUUGGUUUUAAUUUCGUGAGUUUGCUGUGUGUGACUACGUGAGAGGAAAAUAAAUAAACAACGAGAGGAAAUCGAUCAUCAUCAGCAACAGCAUGAGCUAGCGGAUCAUCAACUAGCGGGUGGGUGUACACCGCUGCUUGCUUGAGAUCCUCUCCUCAUGCAGUCAAACAUUGCUGGUGCUCUGCUCCGUUGUGUGUGUGUGUGUGUUGACAAAUAAUUAUUGUUGCUACGCUGCUACUAAGUGAAGAGAACCAUGAUGUGUAUUGCUUUUAUCUUUCGUUUCA